AUGAAGCUCACACUACUUGCUGGCGCAGCCCUAGUAUCUGGGAUCGCCAUUGCCGCCGGCCCUGCGGACUGGCGUUCACAGUCGAUUUAUUUUCUUCUGACUGAUCGAUUUGGUCGUGCCGACAACUCGACAACAGCCGAAUGUGACGUUACUCAACGUAACUACUGCGGCGGAUCAUGGCAGGGAGUCAUCAAUCACUUGGAUUAUAUCCAAAAUAUGGGCUUUACAGCCAUUUGGAUUACCCCAGUUACUGAGCAAUUGAAUCAAACCACAGGUGAUGGAACGGCAUAUCAUGGAUACUGGCAGCAGGAUGCUUACGCUGUUAAUCCUAAUCUCGGCACGGCGGACGACUUGAAAGCCCUCUCCAAAGCGGUGCAUGACCGAGGAAUGUAUCUCAUGGUUGACGUUGUAGCAAACCACAUGGGUUACGAUGGCGCCGGGACCGAUGUUAGCUACUCUGCUUUCAAUCCCUUUAACUCCCAGAGCUACUUCCAUUCUUAUUGCGAGAUUACCGACUACAACAAUCUCACCAUGGUCCAGAAUUGUUGGAUGGGCGAUACCACUGUAUCUCUACCGGAUCUUGACACACAAAGCACGGAUGUUCAGAAUAUGUGGUAUAGCUGGGUUGGGGAAUUGGUGUCGAAUUACUCUAUCGAUGGUCUUCGUCUCGAUUCCGUAAUGGAGAUACAACCAGACUUCUGGCCGGGCUACAACAACGCGUCGGGUGUUUACUGUGUUGGCGAGGUAUUCGAUGGUGAUCCGACCUUCACUUGCCCAUACCAGAACUAUCUAAACGGAGUUCUCAACUAUCCAAUGUACUUCCCCCUGCAACGCGCAUUCCAGAACUCCAGUGGCAGCAUCUCGGAUCUGUACGACAUGAUCAACUCGGUCAAGUCGGACUGUGCCGAUUCGACUCUUUUGGGCACUUUCGUUGAAAAUCACGACAAUCCCCGAUUUGCAUCUUAUACGGAAGACUAUUCCCUUGCGAAGAACGCAAUUGCUUUUACCAUCUUGUCGGAUGGUAUCCCCAUCAUUUACGCCGGUCAAGAGCAGCAUUACAAUGGUGGUUCUGACCCCGAAAACCGAGAGGCAACAUGGCUCAGCGGAUAUAACACCACCGCAGAGCUCUACCAAUGGAUUUCUAAAGUCAAUCAAAUCCGAAACUACAUAAUCAAGAACACCCCAAUCUAUCAAGACAACAACAACCUUGCUAUGAGCAAAGGCUCUAAUGGAACUCAAUUACUCACUGUACUAACCAAUCUCGGGUCAUCUGGCGGUUCCUCCUCAAUAACCGUGUCCGGCACCGGAUACUCUUCCGGUCAAGUGCUCACCGAACUGAUUAGUUGCACGAAUGUAACUGUUGGAGCUAGUGGAGAUGUUUCCGUGCCAAUGGCAAGUGGUGGAUUGCCAAGCGUUCUGUAUCCUACAUCAAAGUUGGGUAAAACUGGAGCUCCUUGUUGAGUUUAAUAUAUGAAAGGGUUACAUUAUGCGGCAGGAGAGAGAUAUGUUUUUCCUGUAACACUUCGAAAUUAACGCUUAUUUUCAAUAUUGUGUGGCUAAAUUGAAUUAUAGGGCAAUGUUUAAUUCAUGUAAAUGUAUUUUCAAGUGUGAUUCUUUCUAUUCCGGGAAAAUUCAUCUGAUACAGGCAGGAGUUGAUUUCAACUCUGGUUGUAUA